AUUUAUUUAACCAUCAGAUGGUGCAACUGCAUAAGUUAAAGUCAAACGAGUGAUUACAUCACUUUCUCUUGCAAAAUGUUUUGUCAAACAUUAAACAAACAACGUUGAUACUGUACUACAGAAACGCAUGACUACUGUGCAUUUAUAAUCCAGUGCAAUAUAAGUAUUUUUAUAUGUUGUUGGUAAGCGGUUUUUAUCUUCCAAACUAAAAAUAAGUUGGAACAUUUGAAGAACACUUUAUUGUUCUGGUGCUGAUCACACGCUGCGAACCAAUCUUGGCUUAAGAACGAGGAUCCUCAGUUUAAGGGUCAACGUGCUACGUUCAAGGUUAUGAUACAACGGUUUCCUUAACGUGUUUUUACCGAACUAUGAUUAAUUUGAUGUGGGCUAUUUUUUUGGAAUGCCCUAUUCCGAGACCCAUAGGGGAGGAACGAGACCGAAGGCGGAAAAAACCCACUCUUUCCUUGAAGCUGAUUGGUCAGACGCGUUUUCCUGCUGCCACAAUACUGCACGCACGUGACCCACCUUUUUUCGUACACACAGUAAAGCGCUGGCACUUAAAAGACAACGCCAUGGCGUUUCUCGCCUGCAAUUUCGCCAAUCGCACACAAUGACACCGAUCUGUUAAAAAAAACCCAAAAAAACACACACACAAACAUCACUACCCCGUCCGUAUCUCUCGUCGGAGGUGGACCAUGGCGGCUGCCACGAGCAGCAGCGCGGCCGCAACCGCGCUCCAGAAGCAUUCCAGUGUCGAGCAUGCACGGAAACGCAUAGACCCCCGGAGGAGGCAAGCUGCGCUGUCGUUUCUCAGCAACAUUUCGCUGGACGGACGGCCCGUGCAAGACGACGGGGACAAUGCGAUCGAAGGGGACAGUCCGCUCGAGGCGAGGACUAGACAGAGCCUGGUUUCUGCGGCGGAGCGCGCCGUGUACGCGGCGGGCGCUGCACCGGCGGCCCAAGCGUUGGCCGCGGCAAGCCAGGCUCUGAGCAACCGCACGAGCUUCGGGAUGAGCCCCUCCGCGGCGUGCUCGGAUGCGGAAGGGGACGCGUUCGCGAGCGGGGCUCAGGUCCACUCCGUCUUCAGCUCGCCGUUUUCUGCGGUGCCGCCCGCGACGAGGGGCAGACUCCAGACGUUCACUCAGGGAAUUCUACCGGCCGCCUACUCCAGGCAGUCUCCGCAAAACUACUGCUGCCUGGAGGGCGGUCAGAUGAGCAGCUCUGCUCUGGAGCUACAGAGAUCGAGGCGGAGACUGAUUUCCCAGCGCUCUUCACUGGAGACUCUGGAGGAUAUCGAGGAAAAUGCUCCCCUUCGCAGAUGCCGAACCUUAUCUGGCUCGCCCCGACCAAAGAGCUUCAAGAAGGUCCAUUUCAUCAAGAACCUGAGGCAGCAUGACAUCCGCAACGGCAGGAUAGUCCUUGUCAGUGGCAGAAGAUCCUUCUAUAGUGUAUUUUCUGUCCUGCCCUAUCGAGAUUGUAGCCAAACAGGCAGGGAUGCCAAGACGGAGAGCGGGCGCCAGAGACACCCCUCAGGCGGCAUGAGUGCGAAGGAGAUGGUGAUCGGCCUGGAGGGCGUGGAACUGGGCGCUGACGGCAAGACCGUGUCCUACAUGCAGUUCCUGUACCCGAGCAACGUCCUGUCCCGCCGCAACACCAUCGACUCCACGUCGUCUUUCUCGCAGUCCCGCAAUGCCAGCCACCGCAGCCUCAGCUUGGCCCGCGUCAACAGCAACCAGAGCAGCCUCGAUACGGGGAACGACGUAGGGGAUUUCAGGGAAUACGACCCCAACCUUCUGGAUGACCCGCAGUGGCCAUGCGGAAAACACAAGCGAGUGCUCAUCUUCCCUUCGUAUAUGACCACCGUAAUCGAGUACGUCAAGCCCUCCGAUCUCAAGAAAGACAUGAACGAGACGUUCAAGGAGAAGUUCCCCCAUAUCCGACUGACGCUGAGCAAGAUCAGGAGCCUGAAGCGGGAGAUCCGUAAGCUGGCCCAGGAGGAGUGCGGCUACGAGGAGCCCACGGUAGCCAUGGCCUUCGUCUACUUCGAAAAGCUGGUUCUGCAGGGCAAGCUCAACAAGCAGAACCGCAAGCUGUGCGCCGGGGCCUGUGUCCUGCUGGCCGCCAAGAUCGGCGGCGACCUCAAGAAGCACGAGGUCAAGCUCCUGAUCGACAAACUGGAGGAGAGGUUUCGCGUGAAUCGACGCGAACUGAUCGCCUUCGAGUUCCCUGUGCUGGUGGCCCUGGAGUUCAACCUACACCUUCCCGAGCAUGAGGUCAUGCCCCACUAUAGACGCCUCCUGCAGAGCUCCUAGCAGCACCUCCCCGUCAGGAGAAGCCCCUCUGUCCCGCCGCCUGAUCUCCCUGCGAGAGAACCCUGACGCUUCUAAAUGGCAUCUUCGGCCCAACAUGUUGAAGAUACGUCACUUUCUCAAAGAGCUCUCUUCUGCCAAAGUGAAAACUCUAUGAGAGAUUUGUUUGUACUGCCCUCAGAAUGUUGCUCCCUGAAAAAAAAUGUGCUUAUUUGAAGACCCAUGUAAAAAUGGGUUUAAGAGACUUCUAAAAAUGUCUGCUUUGUUUGCAUCAAAGUUUCUGAACUCAGCUCCUUUUGGAGAGCAUUUUUAAUUGUGAAUUUUGCAUUCCUGCCACUACAGAUUGCGAUUAUUUUAUUUUUCAUCGUCAUUCACGUCCCUGCUCCCGUAAGUGGAGACCCUUCCCUCUCGUGCGCAUGCUUCAUAGCUUUAAAGUGAACCUAUGAUGGGAAUAACUGAAGCUGUUGCUCAGUUGUAGAUCUUCAAGUACUAAAGUGCACUUUCCUGGUCUUGGGGACUGCAGAGAUCUGGAGCAGCUGCAGGGCCUCCAAACUAGGCCAAGUUCAUCUCAUUUUCCUUCCCAAAAUUAAUUUUUUUAACUACCAUUCCCAGUCGUAGCAUUACCACCACCAUGCAGAAACCCAGUUUUGGCAGAAAAGAACCACAUGAGUGGGGUGGGGGGGGGGGGAUUCUAAAACUGUGCAUCUGCACUCAUGUUCCCUUUUUGUUUGGUUUCAUUGUUGGAAGGUGUGUGCGUGCUGAACUGCGUUUGCAGUGACUGCCUGUGCUCUAUGUUAGAGUGGAUUCUUAGCACGUUUCUAGUGCUGUGCUGGAGUUGGAACAGGACGAUGAAAAGUCAUCCGUACAAAGGUCAUUCAUCAACACUAAACAUGUAUUCCAAGCAGCCCUUGCCCAGUGGUAACAAGGCCAUCUGGUUCAUGUUACCUAAUCAGUAUUAAGACAUGGGCCAAUCGUUAUUGCUCUAUCUUGCUUGCAUUGGGACCUGUAAUUUAAUUUUUUAUUCUCUUUUUAAAAAAAUGUUUCUCUUCAGCAAGAAUCAAACACUGUAUAUUUUGAUGACUCAGCAAUGUGAUUUGUUUUUUAACAGCCUGUCACUUGUGUUGCUGCAGUUGGGCAAGCACAUUUUGGACUUUGUUUUCCAACAUUUGUGUUAACUGCAUGAUAAUUUCACUAUGCAUUUAUCACUAUACCAGUUACAUUACAUAGUAAAGCAGUUUUACAUGGACAGGACUUUGACAAAAUUGUGGAGAAGGUGUGGUAGCGUAUUGUAAGACCUAAUAAUCGCAUUGAGCACUGAUAGCAAGUUUAGGAGGAGGUUUAUCUAAAAUUCUGAAUGAUUGUUUUAUGAGAAAUUAUUGUGAAUAAUUAACUUGCACUUUAUUCAUUACCAGUCAGACGGGAUCGCCGCCACAGCCGAUGACGCGUUUGUAAAAUAAACACUUGUGUAAAUAAGCUUCUUUGCUUGUUAAAUAAAACAAGAAAUACACA